AUGACCAAGAUUCGUAUGGGUCGGGUGUUUGCAGUGUGGGUUGUAAUUGAGCUCCCAUAUGUCUUUGCACAAGCCUCGUUCUAUGGCAUCAUAGUUUAUGCUAUGAUUGGAUUUGAAUGGACCGUUGCCAAAUUCUUUUGGUAUCUAUUUUUCAUGUACUUCACAUUGCUCUACUUCACCUUUUACGGCAUGAUGAGUGUAGCUGUGACACCAAACCACCAUAUUGCUGCCAUAAUAUCCUCUGCUUUUUAUGGAUUAUGGAACCUAUUUUCUGGAUUCAUUGUCCCAAGGACCAGGAUUCCUGUUUGGUGGAGAUGGUACUGCUGGGCAUGCCCUGUAUCUUGGACCUUGUAUGGGUUGGUUGUUUCACAAUAUGGAGAUAUAAAGUUGGUGCUUGAGGACUCGAGCACUGGUGAAACAGUGGAAGACUUUGUGAGAAGAUAUCUCAGAUUCAAGCAUGAGUUUCUGGGAGUGGUGGCUGGUAUGGUUGUCUUCUGGAUCGUGCUCUUUGCAUUUAUCUUUGCCUUUCCCAUCAAGUCCUUCAAUUUCCAAAGGCGAUAGAAAAUCGUUUUGAUUAUUUUUGU